AUGACGAAGGAAGUGAGCGAGGAGCCUCCGGUCCACCCCCACGGCAAGGACUACGUGGACCCGCCGCCGGCGCCGCUUCUCGACGUCGGCGAGCUCAAGCUCUGGUCCUUCUACCGGGCCCUAAUCGCCGAGUUCAUCGCCACGCUCCUCUUCCUCUACGUCACCGUCGCCACCGCCAUCGGCCACAACAAGCUCCACGCCGCCGACCAGUGCGACGGCGUUGGAAUCCUCGGCAUCGCCUGGGCAUUCGGCGGCAUGAUCUUCAUCCUCGUCUACUGCACCGCCGGGAUCUCAGGUGGUCACAUCAACCCGGCCGUGACGUUCGGACUUUUCCUCGCCCGGAAGGUCUCCCUGAUACGAGCCGUUCUGUACAUGGUGGCGCAGUGCCUGGGCGCGAUCUGCGGGGUCGGCCUGGUGAAGGCCUUCAUGAAGAGCUACUACAACAGCCUCGGCGGCGGGGCCAACUCGGUGGCCCAUGGCUACAACAAGGGAACCGCGCUUGGUGCGGAGAUUAUCGGCACCUUUGUGCUCGUCUACACCGUUUUCUCCGCCACUGACCCCAAGAGAAGCGCGCGUGACUCUCACGUCCCGGUCUUGGCUCCACUGCCGAUUGGGUUUGCCGUGUUCAUGGUUCACUUGGCCACCAUCCCCAUCACCGGCACCGGCAUAAACCCGGCGAGAAGCUUCGGUGCGGCUGUGAUCUACAAUAACGACAAAGUUUGGGAUGACCACUGGAUUUUCUGGGUUGGGCCGUUUGUGGGAGCAUUGGCAGCGGCGGCCUACCACCAAUACAUCCUGAGGGCUGCCGCCAUUAAGGCCUUGGGUUCAUUCAGAAGCAACCCAACAAAUUAA